AACUCCACUUCGCUUAUAUUCAUCGUGCGUUUCGUGAUCGAAAACUCACGUGUUUUUGCCUCAGCGACGUAAACAAAACGCAAAGAAACAAGAGAGAAAAAUUACUUUAGACUUCUUUCAAGUGCCGUAGUCGAGACAAAAAUUAAAAUUUCAUGUGUGGUGGGUUGUUUUCCAUAUCGGCUAGUAACUUUGUCAUUGUUUGUCUCGCAGAUGGUUGCUCGAUGCGACAGGAACAAUGCACUUGUCAGUUAGAACCCGCGCUUGACAAUGCAAGCCCCGCCUCCGUCAUGACGUCACUUCCUUGCGUCCUUGGAAAAGGUCAGAAAGCUUAAGAAAUCCGGCCAAGAUUUGAAGAAAAUAACGAGUAUCAGUUUGAUCUUGAAACCGCCAACAACAAAAAAUUCCAUAUCUCGGAUUCCUCGAAGAUACUCAAAAGGACAAUAACAACGACUAAAGGAAGGCGCAAAAGAGAAGAUCGCUGAUUUAAAAUAUUGUGUCUUAGAUCAACAGCAAACGCGAGAAAUCUGCGCUAUUUUUAGCACCUUGAGGGAUGAGAACACCUUGCUUUGACAAGCAGGUGCAUUAGAACUGAAUGAAUUUGAAUUAUUUUCUUUCUGAAACAUGCAAGAAGUCACUAGUUUUCUGAAUUUUAUUUCGCUACGUUAUUCGUUCGCACAAUUGUGGUGUACCGAUUAAAACACGGUAGAAGUUACCAAACGACUAAAAUUUACUUUUAACACAAAUUACCGGUACGCGAUCGACUGACCAGUCGCGCGAUGCGAGUCUUACGACAGAUUUUGUUUUAAGAGCAAUAUUUAUUACUACUCGCGUGAAUCACGCGUGGGAGGAAGACAAAAGAAGACUCUUAGACUUCAAGGAUUGUAAUGAAACCAGUAGAUAUGGUGCGGGGAGAAGGGGGGAGGGGAGGGGCGGAGAGAGAAUAAUCGGAGAUGACGAAAGGAAAUGAUGGUAAUAAACGCAGGGCCUUUUCUAAGACUUCGAAGGUAUGCACUUUCAGUUUUCAUGAAAAGCUUUUUUCUUUCUUUUUGCACUGAAAUAAUGGGAAAACCUUAAAUAACAGUUGUCUUUGCUCUUGUCGGAGAUGCAUGCAUAGCAUUGUUCAGAUUUGUACCGCCUUGAAGUCGGUAUCACGGCUAAGUUAUCGAACAUAACGAUUUUAACAUAAGAAUAGAAUAUAUUUUCAAAGGCCUUACCCAAAAUUUUCUCCUCAAUCAACUUGACCCACAGGAAACGAGAGAAUAGGCGCUGACUCAUCCUCCCCACCCCCAGCAUACGUAUUUAUACAUAAGCCUUCCCCACUACCUCCGGCACGCUUAGACAAUUGUGUCACGGAAAAUCUGUUGUUACCUGGUACGUUGAGUAGUUUAGGAUUUAGAAGGCACAAUUUUACUUUUUAUCUGCUCCGUUUUUCAUAAGAAAAUGUAUCGUCAAUAGUUUUUCCUGCAAUAUUCACGCAUUGCUACAUUACCCCUAUCCACCCCACCCUACCUUUUAUGCGUUGUUCGCUGAAGUGCCUGUUACAUUUGACCAACAGCUGAGAAGAUUUUCAUUCACUUUGCUUCACUGAAUCUUAUGCAUGUGGAAUACAGGCACCCUCUCAUACGAAGAAUUCGAAAAUGAACUCUUUGACUUCCUGGAAAGAGCCAGAAAAGUCCGAGAUUCUUGGAAUCUGGAAUGUACCAAGGGAAAACGAAAAGUGAAGUAUCUUACCAAAAAUCAAGUGCAGCUGGGUUUUGAUAAAGCAAGUGAAGUAGGCACAGAGGAAACUUGUACAGAGGAGAUGAAGUGGGGUGUGGAGGAAGAUGACAACGAUAGUGUAACAUCAGGCCAACUAGAGUCAGACAUAAACAAAACCUUUCUGAAGUAUGAAUAUCAUGUAAUCUACAGCACUAGUUAUGGUGUCCCAGUGCUGUAUUUUACUGCAAGCAGACAAGAUGGUAAAUUAGUCAGCUUGGAAGAGGUUUGGAAAAGUGUACCUGAUGUUUACCAUGAAAGACUAGAGUUUGAAAAAUGGACAUUAUUAACACAACAGGAACACCCACACCUUGGAGUUCCAUUUUACCAGCUUCAUCCUUGUCACACAGCAGAUAUGAUGAAGAAAAUUGCAAGUGUCGCUGAAGAACAAGAGAACCAUGUAUCCAACGCAAACUACCUUGUUACAUGGCUGAGUACAGUUGGACCCAUUGUUGGCCUGAAAAUUCCCCCAGAAUACUCCACAUAACAUUAAAGGGACAUAAAACAUUCAUUUUGGCUUUGCAUAGGAAAAUCUCAACAGUCUGGAAGAGCUAGAGUGGUAAAGUACAAUUAUGCCUGGGACUAAUUAACUGGUUUGGUUCUGGGAAGAUAUUAUCUUUAAGGGUUUUUUGACAGCAAGGAAAAUGAAACCAAUUUUUUCAUUGGACCAGUAAUCAUGCCAAAGUAAAAUGUAAUUUUUAAGAAAUUAAUGCUUGAAUUUUUGCAUGCUCCAGGUGCAAAAUUCUGUUACUGUGCAAAUUCUUUCUCAGUGCCAGUUUGUAAAAGAUGAGAUUAUUGAAAAUAAAAUAUUUGGGUUAAA